GCAACACAAAUCUGUUCGUAACCGUCGAUGCAACAUGUGUCGCCGGCCCACCGCCUUGUCUUCUGUCUUUCCCUAGCCUUCUCUCCCCUACGGCUAUAAAUACCCCCGGUGUGAGCGAGGCAGGAGAUGUCUUGGCGCUGGGAUCUGCGUGGAGUGAAGCCGGGCAAAGAGAAAUCUUGAGAGAGCGAGAGCGAGAGCUCAAACAAAGGAGAAGAGGAGGAGGGAAAGAAAAAUCCUCCCUCGCCUCCGGAAGCGAUGACGGACGGCCAUCUCUUCAACAACAUCCUCCUCGGAGGACGCGGCGGAACCAACCCAGGGCAGUUGAGGGUGCAUGCGGGCGGGAUUGCAUGGAGGAGGCAAGGUGGUGGAAAAAUUAUUGAAGUAGACAAAGCAGAUAUUGCUUCUCUGACCUGGAUGAAAAUUCCUAGGGCAUAUCAGCUUGGGGUGAGGAUCAAGGAUGGCUUGUUUUACAAAUUCAUUGGCUUCCGUGAACAGGAUGUCACCAACAUUACAAAUUUUAUUCAAAAAUCUAUUGGAAUAACACCAGAAGAGAAGCAGCUUUCUGUCAGUGGCCAUAAUUGGGGAGGUGUUGAUAUCAAUGGAAACAUGCUUACAUUCUUGGCAGGUUCAAAGCAAGCAUUCGAGGUUUCACUGGCAGAUGUUGCACAGACUCAACUGCAAGGAAAAACAGAUGUUUAUUUGGAGUUCCAUGUUGAUGACACUACUGGGGCUAAUGAGAAAGAUUCGUUGAUGGAUUUAAGUUUUCACGUACCUACUUCCAAUACUCAGUUUGUUGGUGAUGAAAAUCGUCCUCCAGCUCAGGUUUUACUAGAAAAAAUCAUGUCAUUGGCGGAUAUUAGUUCAUCAGAAGAAGCUGUUGUCACAUUUGAAGGAAUUGCAAUUCUUACGCCUAGAGGGAGGUACAGUGUUGAGCUUCACCUUUCAUUCUUGCGACUGCAAGGACAGGCUACUGAUUUUAAGAUUCAGUAUGGCAGUGUUAUACGACUGUUCCUGUUGCCAAAGUCCAAUCAAACUCAUACUUUUGUUGUAAUCACACUUGACCCGCCAAUUCGCAAAGGACAAACUUUAUACCCACAUAUUGUUAUUCAGUUUGAAGCAGAAGCUGCUGUUGAAGGGUGCCUGUCUCUAAGCGAGGAUCUCUUAGCUACAAAAUACAAAGACAAACUGGAAGCGUCAUAUAAGGGUCUAACUAGUGAUGUCUUCACUAAAACCUUGCGUGGUUUAUCUGGUGCCAAAGUGACGAGAGUCAGUUCAUUCCGCAGUUGUCAAGGUGGGUAUGAAGUCAAGUCAUCAUUGAAAGCUGAAGAUGGAUUGUUGUACCCUCUUGAGAAGGGAUUCUUCUUUCUACCAAAACCUCCAACUCUAAUUCUUCAUGAUGAGAUUGAGUAUGUUGAAUUUGAAAGGCAUGGUGCUGGAGGCUCAAGUGUGUCAUCUCACUAUUUUGAUCUCCUCGUAAAGCUAAAAAAUGAUCAAGAGCACCUGUUUAGAAAUAUCCAGAGGAGUGAAUAUCACAGCCUUUUUGACUUCAUUAGUGGAAAGGGUUUGAAGAUUAUGAACCUUGGAGAUGUGCAAACUACAAAUGGUGUUGCAGCUGUGCUUCAGAAUGCUGAUGAUGAUGCUGUUGAUCCACAUCUAGAGCGAAUAAGGAAUGCGGCUGGUGGCGAGGAAAGUGAUGAAGAGGAUGAGGAUUUUGUUGUUGAUGAGGAUGAUGGUGGGUCUCCUACUGAUGAUUCUGAAGAAGAGGAGUCUGAUGCUAGCGAGGGUGGAGAUGAUAAAGAAAGAUCUGCUGCUAAGGAUUCGAAAAAGGAAGCAGCUGGUACUAAGGCAUCAUCUGCUAAGAGGAAAUCUAAGGAUGGGGAUGAAGAAGGCUCAAAGAAGAGAAGGCAGAAGAAGAAAAAAGAUCCUAAUGCACCAAAAAGGGCAAUGUCAGCGUUCAUGUUUUUUUCAAAUGCUGAAAGAGAGAAUAUAAAGAAAAGCAAUCCUGGAAUGGCAUUUGCAGAUGUUGGGAGGGCUUUGGGGGAAAGGUGGAAAAAGAUGUCAGCUGAGGAGAAGGAGCCAUUUGAGGCAAUGGCACGGGCGGAUACUAAACGUUACAAGGAGGCCAUGGCUGGCUAUAAGAGUGGCGGUCCUGCAGUCACUGUAGAUUCGGGUGAUGAGACGGAAUGAAGGGCCAUUCCUCUUAACAGGGCCCAAUUAUCUGCAGCGCUGAGACAAUGGAUGCUUUGGUAUUCUUGUUUGUUGUACUUGAAUAAGUCCAUGUUAUUAUCGAUAUAUGAAUAAUUAAACAUGAAUUGUAUUCUGAUUCAUUAGAAAGGAGGCAGGACACCAUCAGGUCAGAAUGUGGUGAUAUUUCAUUGCUUCUUUCCCUCC